AUGGCCGACGUCCUCAAGGGAUCCAGCAAGCGGCUGACGCCGUGGCAGCUCUUCAAGGAGGUGUUCAACUGGUACCCGGCCGAGUACCCGGCGGCGGAGCGCAAGCUGUUGUUUAAGCUCGACCUCUCCAUUCUCGUGUUUGCCUGUCUCUGCUUCUUUGUCAAAUUCCUGGACCAGACCAACAUUAGCAAUGCCUACGUCAGCGGCCUCCAGGAAGACUUUGGCCUCUACGGCAACCAGCUCAACUACCUGAACGUCACCUACUACACGGCCUACGUCGUCUUCCAGGUGCCGGGCCUCCUGCUCAUGUCCCGGCCGCGGCUGGCCCGCUGGCUGCUGCCGACGCUCGAAGUGCUGUGGGGCAUCGCGACGUUUGCGACCAGCCGGACCACCAACGUCCAGCAGCUGUAUGCCAUUCGCUUCUUGAUUGGCAUGCUCGAGGCGCCCGUGUUUGCGGGGACGCAUUUUAUUCUUGGUACGUGCCGUGGACGCAUGGCCUCUAACCCCCCCCCCCCCCCCCCCCACGGCUCCUGGUACGGCGGCCACGAACUCUUCAAGCGCGCCGGCACGUGGUUCAUCUGCAACGCCCUCGGGUCCAUGGUCAGCGGCUACCUCCAGGCGGCCGCCUACACCAACCUGUCGGGCGUCGGCGGCAUGGCCGGCUGGCGCUGGCUGUUCAUCAUCGACGGCGUCUUCACGCUCCCCGUCGCGCUCCUGGGCUACGUCGUCUUUCCCGGCGUCCCCGACUCGCCCAGGCCGUUCCACCUGACCGACGCCGACAUUGUCCUGGCCAAGCAGCGGCUCACGCGCUUCAAGGUGCGGCGGCCGGGUCCGCUGGGCCUGGACGUGUUUAAGCGGUCGCUGCAGCGGUGGCACAUUUGGGUCUGCAUGAUCUGCUCGUCGUACCCCAUCUCCUACAUGAACCUCUGGCUCAAGGCCGAGGGCUACUCCGUCGUCCAGGUCAACCGCCUGCCGACCGUCACGUACGCCAUCAACAUUGUGGCGUCCUGGCUCGGCACCACGCUGGCGGCCAUCUACCCGUCCUGGAUCCUGUAUACGAUCGUCGAGGCCUGCUGCGUGUUUUCGACCAUCUGCAUGAUCGUCUGGGACAUCCCGACGGGCCUCAAGUUCUUUGCCUGGUACCUGUUUGGCGUCGCCGGCUGCGCCAGCCCCAUCCUCUACUCGGCCGUCAACACGAUUGUGCGCGACGACUCGGAGGAGCGCGCGCUGAUUCUCGGGUCGAUGAUGACGGUGGGCUACUCGUUCAACAUCUGGGUGCCGCUGCUGGUGUUCCCGACGGCCGGGCCCUACGGCGCGCCGCGGUGGCGCAAGGGCUGGCCGUUUAUCCUGGUGUUUUUCGUGCUGCUGUGGGCCGGGUUCGUGACGUCGAUUGUGCUGCACCGGCGGGACCAGACGCGCAAGGCGGUGCAUGCGGGGAGGGGGCCCCCGGCUGACGGGACGGACAGCGAGGGGGAGGAGGGGGAGGAGAGGGUGUCGGAGGCGGUGUCGUCGUCGGACGAUGUGGUCGUCGUCAACGCCACGGUGGAGACAAAGGCAUAG